AUGCGACUUUUCCUGAUCGGCCUGCUGGCCCUCGGUUCUGCAAGAGCCUUCUCCGUGAUACGCACCCAGCCCCAUCCCCAACUGGUUGCCUACUCCCCGGCCAGAGGAGAAUUCCCUGUGGUAAGUGGCCUGGCCCAGGGCUACGUCCGCUACUAUGACGGAACGGGUGCAGAGCGGCUUCUGCCCUACAGCUAUCCCGAGCCAUUGAACGGCCUCCGGGAUCUGGCUACCUCUAGUCUAACCCGCUCCGGACUGGAGCAGGAGAGCGAACAGACCGCCCUGUUCCGCGCCUGGUGCGAGCAACGCUACCAGGCCAUGCGCCUGGAACUUGAUCGUCUUAAGGCCCAGGGCCUGAAGCCCACGGCUAGCAUGUUGGCCCAGUUUGAGCCUCUAGAACAGAUCGUCAAAUUCGCCGCCUUCGAAGCCGUUCCCGGACUGACACCAGAGGUUCAGCGUGCCCGCGAUGAGCAACUGCGCAUCUGGAACGAAGCCAGGUUGGAGGUACUGCGCGCCGAACAGGCCCAGCAGCUACUUGGCCAGUCUCCGGAGUACCAGUUCAAAAAGGAGAAGACCACAGUGAUCUACGGACAGCCGCAGGAGCAGCAAUUCGCUCCCAGUCAGGACAACCUCUUGCUCAAAACGGCAUCGCUGACAUCAUCUCAGAUCACUCCUCAGAUUGCUCCUCAGAUCGCUCCCCAGCCAGUUGAGGAGACUCCGGAAGUUAAAUUAGCCCGCCAAGAGCAUCUCAAGCAGUUCAACGAGGCUCUGCUCCGCCAGCCUGCCCAGGAGACCAACAUUCUCAAGACCAUUCCUGGAAUUCAGCAGCCAAUUACGACUCAGCCUCAGCCGAUUAUCAAGAGCACCCCAACCACUUUUGAAACCCUGCCAAUUGCCCAACCCCAGGCCAUCUUCAAGACCAGCAGCUUCCAGGAUCAGCAGCCCCCGCAGCCCAUUGAGGAAACUCCAGAAGUCAAAAAGGCUCGCGAAGAGCACCUCAAGUUGUUCAAUGAGGCCCUGCUCCGGCAGCCUGCCAUCCCCGAAGAACCCAUUCUGAAGACUACGCCCAGUCAACCAAUUCUGCCCAACGCCAACAUCUUCGCGACUCAGCCAAAUCAGUUGAUCGACGCCUUCUCAGUCCAACAGCAGGCACUGCUUCCCAACGCCCCCAUUAUAAAAAGCUCAAUUGCCGAGCCCCAGGCACCGCAGCCCGUCCAGGACACACCCGAGGUCAAGCUGGCUCGCGAACAACACCUGCUGCUCCUGAGUCAAGCCAAGCUCCAGGCCGAGGACAAGGUGGCUGAUAUUGCAGACAUGAUCCGCCUGGAGGAACGUGAGCGGGACAAGGAGCGCCUGCAGGAGCUGGAACUGCGCAAGCAGGAGGAGAAGGAUGCCGAGUUGGAGCGCCAGCAGGAGGCAAAUCGUCUGCUUGAGGAGACUCGCCUUUUGGAGGCCGAGCGUCUGAAGAUCGAGCAGGAGGACCGACUGCGCCUGGAGAGCGAAAAGCAAGAGCUCCUGCAACUGAAGGCCACCACCACAUUUGAGAAGGAAACUCCCGGAUAUAUCCGCAAGGCUGAGCAGUUCAAAAUCAUCAACAACCAAGUGCAACCGCAGCAGCAGCCCAACAUCGUGACCCAGCAGCAGCAGGUCCAGAACGGCUUUUUCCUGCGCAUCCAGACCAAUCAGCCCCAACCUAUUCAGCCAUCCACCGAACCAGUGAGCGCUCCAGCUUUAGUCCUUGCCGAGCAGGGACCCAAUCCCUUCCUGGUGCGCUACACCCCCAAACCUGCCGAAAUCCAGCUUCCUCUACCGGCAGUACUGCCUCUGCCCCUGCCCGCUCCAGUUCCCACCGAGCUGAAACAGCAGUCCAGUUUCAUCUCCACAUCGUCCAGCGAACUGGACAAAGCCACCAGGGAGCACUUCCGCGCCCAUGAGAUCGCCCUGGAGCAGCUGCGCCUGGCCAACCUGAGGAACCCCUGGACCCCCGACUGCCAGCACUAG